AUGGAGCAAACGAGAGAAGUCGAGGAAUUCUUCGAGGCGAAUGAGCCUGGCUCGAGUAGAAGAAAUGCUCUUUCUGUCUUCAGGAUUGCUAGGAAGCUGCUGUUUGUAUUUAACCUUAAAGAGGAUAAAGAGAGGUUUGAAAAGCUGUGCCGUUGUAUUCUCAACAGUAUGGAUGUUGAGAACGAGCCCAAGGUGUGGUAUGUGUCGCUGGCGCUCUCCAAGGAUCUCACGCUCUUGUGGAUCAAGCAGAUCAAAGACGUUUUGUGGUUUUGUUGUGAAUUUCUCAAGCAACUUAAGCCUGACAUCUUACAGGACUCCAAACUAGUCAAUCUGCACCUCACCAUGCUCGUCACCUUCACGGACACAUCAACAUGGAAAAUCCUUCGGGGAAAAGGAGAAACGCUGAGGCCUGCCAUGAACCACAUCUGUGCAAACAUCAUGGGACACCUCAAUCAGAAGGGAUUUUACUCUGUGCUGCAGAUUUUGCUAACUAAUGGCUUGGCAAGAUCCAGACCAUCCUUGUCCAAAGGCUCUUUAACUGCCAUCUUCUCUCUUGCGUUGCGCCCUGUGGUUGCUGCACAGUUUUCAGACAAUCUGUUGAGAUCCUUUCUGAUACACAUCAUGUCUGUGCCUGCUAUCAUGACUCAUCUUGCUACUCUAACGCCUGAGCGUCUGGCAGUGAUAGAAUCUCACAAACUUUUCCGCAAGUUCAUCUUGUUUUUAAGUCGCGAGGCCAAUUGCCGAGAUGUCUGUGUGUGCCUGGAGGGCAGCCACACGCUCUGCUUGUUGGGUAACCUCGUGUACUUGGGCUCCUUGAACGAUAAAGUUCUUGAGGAGGAGACGACUCAUUUUGUUGGUGUGCUCAUUCACAUGCUCUCCUACUGCCAGAAAUAUGUUUCACAAAAGAAAUCCAACCUCACUCACUGGCAUCCUGUUCUGGGCUGGUUUUCCCAGACUGUAGAUUAUGGAUUGAAUGAAUCCAUGCCCCUGCUGACCAAACAACUGCAGCAUCUCUGGGGAGUCCAUAUGAUCCGCAUCCUCUUCAGUGAUGUGCUCAGCAAGAAGUUGCUGGAGAGUCAGGAAGCGGCUCAGCUGCCAGCACAGCCCGUUUCCCCGCAGAACAGCCUUCCCGUGAAGAAUCUUUUCAAGAGAGCUUUCCAGAAGUCUGCGUCCGUCCGCAACAUCCUCAAGCCUGUUGGGGGCAAGCGGGUGGAUUCGGCAGAGGUGCAGAAAGUGUGCAGCAUCUGUGUGCUGUACCAAACCACGCUCACCACGCUCACGCAGAUCCGCCUGCAGAUCCUCACAGGCCUCACUUACCUGGAUGACCUGCUACCCAAAUUAUGGGCUUUUAUCUGCGAGCUGGGACCACAGGGAGGGUUAAAGCUCUUCUUGGAGUGCUUGAAUAAUGACACGGAGGAGUCUAAGAGGCUGCUGGCCAUGCUGAUGCUCUUCUGUGACUGCUCCCGCCACCUUAUCACGAUUCUUGAUGACAUAGAAGUCUAUGAAGAGCAGAUUUCAUUCAAACUGGAAGAGCUUGUUACCAUCUCAUCUUUUCUGAAUUCUUUUGUAUUUAAGAUGAUCUGGGAUGGAAUUGUGGAGAACGCCCGAGGGGAGACCCUGGAGCUCUUCCACUCUGUGCACGGCUGGCUCAUGGUGCUGUACGAGCGGGACUGCCGCAGGCGCUUCGCUCCCGACGACCACUGGCUACGCAAGGACCUCAAACCCAGCGUGCUCUUCCAGGAGCUGGACAAGGACAAGAAGCGAGCCCAGCUGCUCCUGCAGUACAUCCCUCAUGUCAUCCCCCACAAGAACAGGGUGCUGCUUUUCCGAAACAUGGUUACAAAGGAGAAGGAGAAGCUUGGGCUUGUUGAGACCAGCUCUGCAUCACCUCACGUCACGCACAUCACUAUCCGGCGCUCACGGAUGUUGGAGGAUGGGUACGAACAGCUACGGCAGCUUUCCCAGAAUGCCAUGAAGGGAGUGAUCCGGGUGAAGUUUGUGAAUGAUCUGGGUGUUGAUGAGGCUGGUAUUGACCAGGAUGGAGUCUUCAAAGAGUUUCUGGAGGAGAUAAUAAAGAAGGUGUUUGAUCCUGCGCUCAACUUGUUCAAGACAACCAGCGGUGAUGAGAGGCUGUAUCCAUCCCCGACAUCCUACAUCCAUGAGAACUACCUGCAGCUCUUCGAGUUUGUGGGGAAGAUGCUCGGGAAGGCUGUGUAUGAGGGGAUAGUCGUGGACGUGCCGUUUGCUUCCUUCUUCUUGAGUCAGCUGCUCGGACACCACCACAGUGUCUUCUACAGCUCUGUAGAUGAACUUCCCUCCUUGGACUCGGAGUUCUAUAAAAAUCUCACUUCAAUUAAGCGUUACGAUGGCGAUAUCAGUGACUUGGGCUUAACGCUGUCCUACGAUGAAGAUGUGAUGGGUCAGCUUGUUUGCCAUGAACUUGUUCCUGGAGGGAAGACCAUUCCCGUUACCAAUGAAAAUAAGAUCAGCUACAUCCACCUCAUGGCCCACUUUCGGAUGCACACGCAGAUCAAGAGCCAGACGGCGGCGCUCAUCGGCGGCUUCAGGUCCAUCAUUAAGCCCGAGUGGAUCCGUAUGUUUUCCGCACCGGAGCUGCAGCGACUGAUCUCUGGUGACAACGCCGAGAUUGACCUCGAGGACUUAAAAAAACACACCGUGUACUACGGGGGCUUCCACGGGAGCCAUCGGGUCAUCAUCUGGCUCUGGGACAUCUUGGCCAAUGACUUCAGCCCUGAGGAAAGAGCUAUGUUUCUCAAGUUUGUGACCAGCUGCUCCAGGCCCCCGCUGCUGGGCUUCGCCUACCUCAAGCCGCCGUUCUCCAUCCGCUGCGUGGAGGUCUCCGACGAUCAGGACACGGGCGACACGCUGGGCAGCGUGUUACGGGGCUUCUUCACCAUCCGCAAGAAGGAGCCGGGCGGGCGUCUGCCAACCUCCUCCACGUGCUUCAACCUCCUCAAGCUUCCCAACUACAGCAAGAAGAGCAUCCUGCGGGAGAAGCUGCGCUACGCCAUCAGCAUGAACACGGGUUUCGAGCUGUCGUAGCCGCCGCGGGCGGGCGCUCCACGCGCGGA